CCAUUCUCCCUCCCUCUCCCUUCUCUCUCUCUCCCCGGCUCAGCUCUCUCCAUCUGCCUGGCUCCUUGGGACCCGUUCCCCAGCCUCAGGAUGGCGUCCUCCCUGCUUGAGGAGGAAGUUCACUAUGGCUCCAGUCCCCUGGCCAUGCUGACGGCAGCGUGCAGCAAAUUUGGUGGCUCCAGCCCUCUGCGGGACUCAACAACACUGGGCAAAGCAGGCACAAAGAAGCCGUACUCUGUGGGCAGUGACCUUUCAGCCUCCAAAACCAUGGGGGAUGCUUAUCCAGCCCCCUUUUCAAGCACUAAUGGGCUCCUCUCACCUGCAGGCAGUCCUCCAGCACCCACCUCAGGCUAUGCCAACGACUACCCUCCCUUUUCCCACUCAUUCCCUGGGCCCACGGGCACCCAGGAGCCUGGGCUACUAGUGCCCAAGGGGCACGGCUCUUCUGACUGUCUGCCCAGUGUCUACACCUCUCUGGACAUGACACAUCCCUAUGGCUCCUGGUACAAGGCAGGCAUCCAUGCAGGCAUUUCACCAGGCCCAGGCAAUGCUCCUACUCCAUGGUGGGACAUGCACCCUGGAGGCAACUGGCUAGGUGGUGGGCAGGGCCAGGGUGAUGGGCUGCAAGGGACACUGCCCACAGGUCCAGCUCAGCCUCCACUGAACCCCCAGCUGCCCACCUACCCAUCCGACUUUGCUCCUAUUAAUCCAGCCCCCUACCCAGCUCCCCACCUCUUGCAACCAGGGCCCCAGCAUGUCUUGCCCCAAGAUGUCUAUAAAUCCAAGGCAGUGGGAAAUAGUGGGCAGCUGGAAGGGAGUGGUGGAGCCAAACCCCCACGGGGUGCAAGCACCGGGGGCAGUGGUGGAUAUGGGGGCAGUGGGGCAGGUCGCUCCUCCUGCGACUGCCCUAAUUGCCAGGAGCUAGAGAGGCUGGGAGCAGCAGCGGCUGGGCUGCGGAAGAAGCCCAUCCACAGCUGCCACAUCCCUGGCUGCGGCAAGGUGUAUGGCAAGGCUUCGCACCUGAAGGCCCACUUGCGCUGGCACACAGGCGAGAGGCCUUUCGUCUGCAACUGGCUCUUCUGUGGCAAGAGGUUCACUCGUUCGGAUGAGCUGGAGCGUCACGUGCGCACUCACACCCGGGAGAAGAAGUUCACCUGCCUGCUCUGCUCCAAGCGCUUUACCCGAAGUGACCACCUGAGCAAACACCAGCGCACCCAUGGAGAACCAGGCCCGGGUCCCCCUCCCAGUGGCCCCAAGGAGCUGGGGGAGGUUCGCAGCACAGGGGAAGAGGAGGCCAGUCAGACGCCCCGACCUUCCGCCUCGCCAGCAACCCCAGAGAAAGCCCCUGGAGGCAGCCCUGAGCAGAGCAACUUGCUGGAGAUCUGAGCCGGGUGGAAGGUCUCCCACCCCAGGGCUGUCCUGCCAGUCUCUCUUGGCUCUCUAGACCACUGCUUGCCAAUCACUCUCUUUACCCCAUGCAUGCCAUCCUUCAGGGCUCUCUCUCUCCCUCUGUCUCCCUCCUGGUCAUUCUGGGCUUGGGUAUCUCCUUGCAUGCCUCCUCAGCUCACCUCCCUUCACCAUGAGACUGGCUUUCUGCAAACUCUCAUCUCAGGCCCUCCCCUUGUGCCUGAUUUCCGCACCCCGGCUUCCUAGACUCUGGCCCUGCCACAUCAACACACUUUCUUUCAAUUUGGGCUCCCAACACAAUUUCUCCAUCUCACUCCUUGACAUGUACCCUUUCUACUUCUCAAGCUUAUUUACUGCUGUCCCUCAGCCUCUAGGCUUCAGUCUUCCCAACUUCUUACAUCAUUGUUUUCCGUUCUCCAGAACUUUUUUUCCUUUUUACAAACACAAUGAUAAUGAUAAUUUAUUGCCCCCUGGUGGCCUCUUCAUCAGGGACCAUGGUUGGGGGAUUGGGGUUAGUGACCUGGCCAGAGGCAGGGUGCCAAGAGGGGGGCAGACCAGCGGGGAUCUGAUCCCAAAGAUGGGGUGACCCCAGGGUCAGGGAGGCUGCCCCCAGGCCUGUAUAUUUAACCCUAUGUACCAGGAGUAAUGAAUAGUAAUAAUAAUUCUAUUUAUGUAAGUUAUGAUGACGGGUCAGGUAGAGUGAGCUGGGGAGGGAAGUGGAUCCAUUUCUACUAAGGAUAUUCUAGUCAAAUGCAUCUCUGUAUAGACAAAAUGUUAGUGGAGAAGAUCUUGCCAAUAGAAUGUCUAUCAUCAGGAUCUCAGUUGAUGGGGUUUCUCUUGUAAUGAAGUCUCUACAAAUUGGGUUAGCUAGGUCUCUGCUAAAGAGUUGAUGGGGUAUCUCUUGAUUAGGGGGAUCCCUAACAUCCCCAGCCCCAGCCAGAAGCUGUGAAACCUCAAGUCCUAUGGAGGGGAGAAGUACUGGAAUGUACCCCAGCUCCCUUGACCCCAGAGCAGGUUCUUCCACUGCCCCUCCCCUUAGACACCAUGACCCCAUCAGGUUAAUCCCCUGUUGCCAUGGUUAUGGAGAGCUUGCAGCUGCCAUCUUAGAUGUGCUCUUUGGGGAAGCCCAUCUAACAGGAGGACAUUGGUUUGGAGGUGCACCUCCUGAAGAAUCAGUGGGGAAGGCUUUCUCUGGGAUCAGAUUCAAAUAAAUCAAGUAUUUAUUGAGUGCCUACUCUGUGCAAGGUACUGUGCUAGACCUGGUGCCUAGAAGCCCUGAGAAAGAACAACUUACAGAGCUAGGAAGACAGAGGCCCCCAAGCUGAUCUGGGGGUGCAUCCACACACCCCCACCCUGGGACUUCGGAUGCUCCCAUCUCCACCACCAGUGACUUUUAAAGCCGCUUCGUGCCUUUCCUGUAACUUUGGAUCCUCCUUUUCUGUCCCCUGCUGUCUCAAGGCCCCAAGUUAAAGGGUUAAAGCCGCUGGAGCUUGGGGAGAGAACAUUGUGGAAUGGAAGGGAUCAUGCCCUUUGUGGAGUCUUUUUUUUUAAUUUAAUAAAUAAAAGUUGAAUUUGAAA